AUGGUACUUUUCGGGAAGGUUCUCUCUAAGGGUUAUGAGUUCGAGGCAGGUGCUUAUGCAAAGGAGCGGUUUAUUAAAGUUGCUGCACCAUAUUCAGUUGGUCCUCCAGCACAAUUUGUGUCUUGUAUGGGUAAACCUCCUAAUCGGUAUCGGAUUAAAUGGCGUGUAAAAGAGAUUACAGACUCCGUAGACUCAGUAUUGGAUAUAUUUGAAGAAGGUGAUAGUCUCCUGCUUUUUCAGUUUAACUUCUCGAAAAUUUGCGCAUGCUUUCGAGAACUUCAUGGACAAAUCUUUUUCUUACCUCCUGACAGCAAGGACUGUUUGUCAAUAGGACCGUUAUGCACUGCACUUCUAACGGAAUAUCCACCGCUAUACAAAGGCACUACUGCCAACAAUAUUGCAGAGUUGGUAAAUCGGAUUUUUAAAAGAUAUUCAGAAGGAAAAAGAUCUAUAGUAAUGGUAAUAGGAAGUAAGAAUACGGGGAAGUCGAUGCUUACUCGAUUGCUAGCCAAUUCAUUUAUUGGAAGCAAUCAUCCAGCUGUUUAUAUUCUUGAUUGUGAUGUUGGUCAACCUGAAAUGAGUCCACCAGGAUGUAUUUCACUGAUAAAACUAAGCUCACCACUUUUAGGUGUUCCAAUCUUCCACCAAAGAAUAGUUCUGCUCGAUACUUAUUUUUAUGGAGAUAUCACCAUAAACUGUGAUUCAGAUUUGUAUCUUGAUAUCCUUCGGAAGCUACUAAAACGAUUUCAGGACUGUAGUCCAUCAUCAUCUGUGCUUUUAAUUAACACUUGUGGAUGGGUUGAAGGCAAAGGUGUUUCUCUUUUGGAUCGCAUGCUGAAAUUAUUUGAUCCUGAUUUCGUCUUCAAUUUUGUGACUCCUGCAGGCCCCAAUUAUGAAGUUUGUCAAGUUACUGCAAACGGAAGCAAAAAACCAGCAGUCUUUUGCGCUGCUGCUGUUGAAAAGUUCAUGCAUUUGCAUUCCUCUCCUUCUAUGUUACGUAGUCUUCGACUGACAUCAUAUAUGUUACACGCUUGUCCUUCCCCGACAAUAAAAUCAUUUGCUGAUGCAACACCUUUUGCUGUAUCAUUUCGUGAUAUUGCAUUAUUAGUGAAUAGCAAUGAACUAUUUCCUGACACUCAUAUUUUUGCUGUUCUGAAUUGCACACUUGUUGCUCUAUGUGUUCGGGAUGAUGUGACUGAUCUAAUGAAUAGAGAAAGAUUAUUUAAUAAUAAGGACAUGCCCGUUUUGUUAAAUCCAAGGGACAGAGAACCACUGCUUGUCGUUGGAUAUGGAUUUAUUCGUGCAAUCGAUCUCGAACAGUAUAUUUUUUAUAUAAUAACACCUCUCGAACUUUCAACUUGCCAAAAAGUAAAUGUACUGGCUCGAGGGCUGAACAUUGAUCUUCCUCAAUGUUUUUUUGUUUCUCAGAGAAAAGCUGCAGUGCCUUAUGUUGUCAGGGAGCGUUCUUCUACGUUCCACUCUGAAUUGUUUAAAAAGUUAAAGACAAAAUCAUCUUUUCAUCGGAAAAGGUUUUUAAAAUCGCAAAACCAGGUUGUUGUACAAAAGGUGAAAAAAUAA